AGUAAAUAAAAUCAAGCGGAAACCAAAAAAAAAAAAGAAAAAGUCGGAUAUCAACAUUUUAGAUCAUCAUAACAACAAUACUUAGCCAUGUUGAUAAAAAUGAGAAUGCUUUCAAAGAUGCUAAACUUACUUAUCAUUUUUAUUUUGGUUAUUUCACCCAAAAUUGAUGGUAAAAGUAAAAUACAACUUUACAUCAACGAAAUCAAAACUUGCCCUGGUUUCAGUAAAGCUCCAAUUCAACUGAAAAGUGUGAAAAUAAUUAACGACGCCCACAAAAAUUUUUUGGUUAGUUAUCGAGUCGAUGUGACUAGAAACAUCUCUGAAGAUGCAAAUUUAAGGCUGAGCUUAGAACGAUGCGCCUCAAAAGAAGCCCCGGAUACAUGUACUAAAUUUACAAGUUUGUACACGAAGAAUGCUUGUAAACUUUGUAACGCAGCUAAUACUUUUUUCGCCCCUUUUGUAUCAUGUUUAAAACCUCCAUUAAAUUGUCCAAUUAUUAAAAGAACUUUCCGUGGAGAAAAUUGUACCUUUAAUAUGGAUUUGUUUCGAAUGUUUCCUAUAACGGGGUUUCAUUGGAAAUUCAAAUUUGAAUUAUUUCACUCAAUUACAAAUGAAUGCAUAUUUUGUUGUCAGGGGGAAGCUGGAAUUUAUAAUUUGUAUAUUAAUUGA